UUUCCAGCACCCGAUCCACCCUCAAAUCUAUCCGUACAGGUGCGUAGCAGUAAAAAUGCUAUUAUCCAAUGGUCACCACCAACUCAGGGAAACUAUACAGCAUUUAAAAUAAAAGUUCUGGGUUUAUCUGAAGCUUCCAGCUCGUAUAAUAAAGUAUUCCAUGUUAAUGAUUCAACAUUCCAACAUAGUGCUAAAGAAUUAACGCCCGGUGCCACAUAUCAGGUGCAAGCCUAUACCAUUUACGAUGGCAAAGAAUCGGUUGCCUAUACAAGUCGAAAUUUUACCACAAUACGGAGAACCAGACAUAAAGAUUUACUGGAUAUUAAAAUUCUAAGAGAACCCAAUACACCGGGUAAAUUUAUCGUUUGGUUUCGUAAUGAAACCACAUUGCUCGUCCUUUGGCAGCCACCAUAUCCUGCUGGCAUUUAUACACAUUAUAAAGUAUCUAUAGAACCGCCAGAUGCUUUGGAAAGUGUUUUAUAUGUGGAGAAAGAGGGUGAACCACCAGGUCCGGCUCAGGCAGCAUUUAAGGGUUUAGUACCUGGUCGAGCCUAUAAUAUAUCGGUGCAAACUAUGUCUGAAGAUGAGAUAUCAUUACCCACCACCGCUCAAUAUCGUACAGUGCCAUUGCGACCGUUAAACGUUACAUUUGAUAAGGACUAUAUAACUUCAAAUUCAUUUCGGGUGCUGUGGGAGGCUCCGAAGGGAGUGUCAGAGUUUGAUAAAUAUCAGGUAUCAUAUGCCGCAUCAAGACGUCAACCUACUGUCACCAGAUCCGAUGAUCCUAUAGCAUAUUUUGAUUUUCGUGAUAUACCCGAACCGGGUAAAACUUUUAGUGUUAUAGUCAAAACAGUAUCGGGUAAAGUUACCUCCUGGCCCGCAACCGGAGACGUUACCCUACGUCCCCUACCCGUUAGAAACUUACGUUCAUUUUCGGAUGAUAAAAGUAAUAAUAUGAUUAUAACCUGGGAACCAGAUCCAGCCUCAACACAAGAUGAAUAUCGUAUUGUUUAUCAUGAAUUGGAGACAUUUAAUGGUGAUACCAGCACCCUAUCCACCGAUAGAACUAGAUUUAGUUUAGAGUCUCUCCUACCAGGACGUAAUUAUUCCGUUUCUGUUCAGGCGCUAUCAAAGAAAAUGGAAUCGAAUGAAACCACCAUAUAUGUAGUGACUAGACCUUCUUCACCCAUUAUUGAGGAUUUGAAAUCUAUUAAAAUGGGUCUUAAUAUCAGCUGGAAGAGUGAUGUUAAUUCCAAACAGGAACAGUAUGAGGUCUUAUACUCACGAAAUGGCACCUCAGAAGUACGUACCGUUUUUACCAAAGAGUCGCGUUUAGUUAUUAAAAAUCUACAUCCCGGUGCUGGUUAUGAGGUUAAGGUGUUUGCUGUUAGUCAUAAUUUAAGAAGCGAACCCCAUGCCUAUUUCCAGGCAGUAUAUCCCAAUCCACCUAGAAAUUUAACUAUAGAAACUGUGCGCAGUAAUUCCGUUUUGGCUCAUUGGUCUCCACCUGAAAAUAGUGAUUUCACCGAAUACACCAUACGCUAUCGCACUGAAUCGGAACAACAAUGGGUACGUUUACCAAGUGUACGCUCUACUGAGGCCGAAAUUACCGAUAUGACGAAAGGCGAAAAGUAUACGAUACAAGUGAAUAGUGUUAGUUUUACUGUGGAAAGUCCCACACCACAAGAAGUCAAUACCACUGUUCCUCCAAAUCCCGUAUCGAAUAUUAUACCUUUGGUAGAUUCGCGUAAUAUUACUUUGGAAUGGCCUAAGCCAGAAGGAAGAGUAGAGUCGUAUAUACUUAAAUGGUGGCCCACCGAUAAUCCAUCAAAGACUCAAACUAAAAAUGUCUCCGAAAAUAAAUCAGCCGACGAUAUUUCCACCGUUCGCGUUCUCAUUGGCGAUCUUAUGCCGGGUGUGCAAUACAAAUUCGAUAUACAAACCACUUCUUAUGGCAUUUAUUCGGGCACAACCCAUCUAUCCACACGCACCAUGCCGCUUAUACAAUCCGAAGUUGUUGUAGUCAAUGAUAAGCAAGAAGAUGAACGUGAUACCAUCACCUUGUCCUACACCCCAACACCGCAAUCUUCUUCGAAAUUCGAUAUCUAUCGUUUCUCAUUGGGCGACCAAGAAAUUAAAGAUAAAGAGAAAUUGGCCAAUGAUACAGAUCGCAAGGUAACGUUUACAGGUUUAGUUCCAGGACGUCUUUAUAAUAUCACCGUAUGGACUGUUAGUGGUGGAGUGUCCAGUUUACCCAUCCAACGUCAAGAUAGAUUGUUCCCCGAACCUAUAACCAUGUUACAUGCUACAAAUAUUACCGAUACCGAGAUUUCUUUGAAAUGGGAUAUACCUAAGGGUGAAUUUAAUGAUUUCGAUGUGCAAUAUCUAACGGCAGAUAAUAUUUUGGCCCAAAAUAUAACCACCAAGAAUGAAAUUACCAUUACUGAUCUUAAGCCCCAUCGUAAUUAUACUUUUACGGUGGUUGUGAGAUCUGGAACGGAAUCUUCUGUAUUACGUAGCAGUUCUCCUUUAUCGGCUAGUUUUAGCACUAAUGAAGCUAUACCUGGCAAAGUUGAACGCUUCCAUCCUAUUAAUGUGGAGCCUAGUGAAGUGGUGUUCGAAUGGUUGUUGCCACAAAGUGAAGCCAAUGGCAUUAUAAGACAAUUCUCCAUAACUUAUAUGAAUGUUAAUAAUAUGACGGAAAGAAAUACUUUGGAUUUCGAUUCAUCGGAUUCAAAGGGUUCCAUAAAGAAUCUUAAACCGGGAGAAACAUAUGUUUUUAAAAUACAAGCUAAAACUUCUAUAGGUUAUGGACCCGAAAGGGAAUAUAAACAAACUAUGCCUAUAUUAGCACCACCCCGACCAGCCACCCAAGUGGUACCCACCGAAGUUUAUCGUAGUUCUUCAACCAUACAAAUACGUUUUAGAAAAAAUUAUUUCUCAGAUCAAAAUGGACCGGUUCGCAUGUAUACCAUUAUUGUGGCCGAGGAUGAUACGAAGAAUGCUUCCGGUUUGGAAAUGCCCAGUUGGCAUGAUGUCCAGUCUUAUAGUGUUUGGCUACCUUAUCAAGCUGUCGAACCUUAUUAUCCCUUUGAAAAUCGUUCGGUAGAAGAUUUUACCAUAGGUACCGAGAAUUGUGAUAAUCGCAAGAGCGGCUAUUGCAAUGGUCCUUUGAAAUCGGGUACUACAUAUCGUGUUAAAGUUCGUGCCUUUACAGCUCCCGAUAAGUUUACCGAUACUGCUUACAGUUUUCCAAUACAAACUGAUCAAGACAAUACCUCACUAAUUGUUGCUGUAACCGUUCCCCUAACAAUUAUUUUGAUACUUCUCGUAACGCUGGUAUUCUAUAAGCGACGACGUAAUAAUUGCCGCAAAACAACUAAAGAUUCUCGAGCCAAUGACAAUAUGUCACUGCCGGACAGUGUGAUAGAACAAAAUCGUCCGAUAUUAAUAAAAAACUUUGCCGAACAUUAUCGCAUGAUGUCGGCCGAUUCAGAUUUUCGAUUUUCCGAAGAGUUUGAUGAACUCAAACAUGUGGGUCGUGAUCAACCCUGUACAUUUGCCGAUCUACCCUGUAAUCGUCCCAAAAAUCGUUUUACCAAUAUUUUGCCAUACGAUCACUCACGUUUCAAACUACAGCCCGUCGAUGAUGAUGAGGGUUCAGACUAUAUAAAUGCUAAUUAUGUGCCCGGCCAUAAUAGUCCUAGAGAAUUUAUAGUGACACAGGGUCCUCUACACUCGACACGUGAUGAUUUCUGGCGCAUGUGUUGGGAGAGUAAUUCACGCGCCAUUGUUAUGUUGACCAGAUGUUUUGAAAAGGGUCGUGAGAAAUGUGAUCAAUAUUGGCCAAAUGAUACCGUACCAGUAUUCUAUGGUGAUAUAAAAGUUCAAAUAUUAAAUGAUAGUCAUUAUCCAGAUUGGAUUAUGACUGAGUUUAUGGUGUGCAGGGGCAGUGAACAAAGAAUUGUGCGCCAUUUUCAUUUCACCACCUGGCCCGAUUUUGGUGUACCAAAUCCUCCACAAACUUUAGUGCGUUUUGUUAGAGCCUUCCGCGAUCGUAUUGGUACCGAACAGCGUCCCAUUGUUGUACAUUGCAGUGCUGGUGUUGGCCGUUCGGGUACUUUUAUUACUUUAGAUCGUAUUCUACUACAAAUCAAUACCUCCGAUUUUGUCGAUAUCUUUGGCAUUGUUUAUGCCAUGAGAAAAGAACGUGUUUGGAUGGUACAAACGGAACAGCAGUAUAUUUGUAUACAUCAAUGUCUGUUGGCUGUGUUAGAGGGUAAAGAAAAUAUUGUGGGUCCACCACGAGAAAUACAUGAUAAUGAAGGCUAUGAAGGCCAACAACCUCAAUACGAUGAAAAUGGUGAAAUAAUAGCCACCAUCGAGGGACACAAUGAAAUAAUGCAUGACACUCUACAGCCCGAAGAUGCUGAGGCCAUCGAUCAUGAAAAUGCCGCCAUUAUACACGAUGAUCAACAGCCUCUAACGGGUUUUGGAGGUGCAGCCGUACAUAGUACUUCGAUGACAUCAUUCGGUGGUAAUGUUGCCCAAGUCUAUAAUACCGAUUCGAUGGACAGAUGA